AUGACGUGUCGGUUUGUUUACAGGAGCGACCUGCGCGCAGACAUGGCUGUGGAUAUAACUCUACUUUUCAAAGCCAGCGUUAAGACGGUGAAGACCAGAAACAAGGCCAUAGGAAUAGGCUUUGAAUCUACCAAAGAUGAGAUUUUCAAGAGAAGCAGAACGAAGAGCGGCUUCUCGCAGAGAGCGAAAGAAGUGAUCACGAACAUCACCAAGCUUAAAGACUUUCUGCUACAGCACCGAAAAGAUUAUGUGAGCGCUGGAAGUCUUAUUUCAUCAGAUCUUACCCGCAUGACGGACAGUGAGCGAGACCAGAUAGACCAGGACGCUCAGAUCUUCAUGAGAACCUGUUCUGAAGCCAUCAAGCAGCUACGCAGUGAAGUGGAGAAGCAGGCGGCGCCAGUGCAGAUUAAGGAGCACAGGGGAGCGGUGCUGGACCUUAUUGAGAUGUAUCUGAGAGGAGUAUGCAAAAUUUAUUCUGAGCAAAGAGCAAUUAGAGUGAAGAGGAUGGUGGACAAGAAGAGGCUAUCAAGACUUGUGCCCGAGCACCCCAGUCGUGUGGAGAAAAAAGUCGAAGUGGAGCCCACAGAGGAGAAAAUUGUUAAGGAGGAAAGUUCUGAGAGGAGUUCCUCAGAAGUCCAGAGCAAUUCUGUCAGCGUGUGGGAGGAGGGCCGAGUGGAGGAUGAGCUGUCCCCUGAGGAGAUCCAGAUGUUUGAGCAGGAAAACCAGAGAUUGGUCAGUGAGAUGAACAGCCUGGUGGAUGAAGUGAAGCAAAUCGAGGGGAAGGUGGUCGAGAUUUCGCGACUUCAGGAGAUCUUUGCUGAAAAAGUCCUGCAACAAGAAACGGAGAUAGACAGUAUUCACCAGCUGGUUGUGGGUGCAACAGAGAACGUGAAAGAAGGCAAUGAGGAUAUACGGGAGGCAAUCAAAAACAACGCUGGCUUCAGAGUAUGGAUCCUCUUCUUCCUCGUCAUGUGUUCUUUCUCUCUCCUCUUCUUGGACUGGUAUGACAGUUAACGUAGGACUGGCAGUGGACUUUCCAACAGGAAACCGCCCGUCUCUCUGGCACGUAUUGUUUAUCUAAUGAACAAGUGAUGACAACACGGUGACUGAACGAGCGCCUUAUACUGCUAGACCUUGUGGGAAAAAAUGGUCCUUCACGAAGAUUGUGUCACCGCUGCUGAAUGAUUCAUCCUUUUCCCGAGCUUUCAGGUCGGCUUUGAUGCGUGUUUGGCAAAAUCUAUGUGAACCACUUUGUCCAGUUUAGCAGCCUGUCCAGUGGACAAUUUGUCUUUCUGUGUCCGUAAAGCUGAUGAUGAAAAAACUGUUUUUGUGAAUGUGACCAGACAAAAACAAGAUCGGGUGAAUUCUGCUGUGUCCCCUGAUUCCAAUUCAAAAAUGCAUAAUAACAAUAGUGUUGUAUUAUUAUAAUAAUAAUAAUAAUAAUAACAAUAGUAAAUCCUGAACAGGAUUCACUGCACUUGUUCCUACUAUACUAUGACAUAUGCUUAUCUCAGUCUAAGAAAAACACAAAUGUCAUCCACAGCGGCAACUGUAUGAGCACUUUCUAAUAAAACUAAUCCUCUAAAAUUGA